AACUUAAUGAGAAGAUUUAAUUAAAAAUUUAAUUAGGAUAAAACAUUCAUUUGAAUAGUUUUUGUUAAAAUUUAUGCCUGUUUUGUUAACUGGCAUUUGAUAGCCUUAAGAAUGAAAAUUGAAAUUUUCUGGCCAGUGUCAUCAAAUGUCUGUCUGAAUGUUUAGUUACUAAUGUACAUCCUUAUUUAUAACUGAAGAAAUUUUAAGAGACCACUAGGCCAAAUUCUUUGGAAAACCCAAGUAAUAAUAGUUGAAAUUCCAAAUUUAUUCUAUUUUUUAAUCGCAUAAUUAUAUUGUUUUAUUGCUCAUUGUUAUUAUAGAUAAGUGGGUAAAUACUUGUUUAUAUACUUGAAACAAUUCUAUCCAUUAGGGUAACAAACAUUCUUCCUGUUCCUAGUGCUAUAAUAACUUAAACAUACUCAAAUAUUAACAUCUUUAAAGUCAGUUCUUAAGGUAGGCUGUAGAUAAUUUGAAGAAGUAACAGAUUAGUUUUCACUUUUGCUUUCUUUUAGACUUAUCAUGACAACUUGUCAACCAACUAUAUUCAUUUUUUUUCUUGACUUUCAGUAACGAGGUAAUUUUCUUAUUUUAGCAAUUGUUCUGUUUUUCCGUCACUGCUUUAACUAUGCCUACCUAAAAUGACUAUUUUUUUCAUUCAUAAUGGAGUGUGUGUAUACUUGUUGGGUGUUCAUAAGUGUAUGUUUAAAUAAUCCCAAAUUACAUCUUUUUUAGUAGCAGUAACUUUGCCUAUAUUCAUCUUACUUAUUAUCAUGACAAACCAGAUUUAGACUCAUUUUUAUUUUGCAUUUAAAUUUUAAUUUCUCAUUUAUCUAAUUUAUUUAAAGCAGCGUUCCUCAGACUUUAGCACACACCAGAAUCGCCUACAGAGCUUGUUCAAACAGAUGGCUGGGCAAGAAGUUCCUAGGCAAUGUUGAUACUGGUGAUUUGGGAACUACACAUUGCAAAUGUCUGCUUUAAAAUUUUGUUAUUUUUUGGCUUAACCUGUUGCCCAGAGCCAAUAAGAUAAUAACUGGAGUUGUGUAUAUGUUUUUACAUUCUUUUUUUCCCAAUUCUCAUUUUUCCCUUACUCAGUUAAUUCAUAUUAAUUCAUAUUAGCGUCUGUUAUUCUGUUAGUUACAGUCCUAACCAAGUGAACAUGAAGCACAGUUUGUUUUUUCUGAGAGUAUUCUUUUCUCAUUAUUAGGAAGAGAGGGAGAUAUUUUACCCAAUUUUAUCUUUUUUCAAAAGAUUAAAAAUAUAAUUUGUUGAAAAAUACCUAUGUAGAACAUACAUCACAUACAGUUCAUACUGUGUUUUGAGAGUAUCUUCUUCCUCAUUAUUAGGAAGAAAAAGAUUUUUUACCCCGUUUAUCUUUUUUAAAAAGUUACUGUAAAAAUACUGUUUAUUAUUCCAACAGUUAUAUAAUGUUAUACCUUUUUUUUCUAAUUCCCCAACCUUUAGUAGUAUCCUCUGCAUUUGGUCGUUGCUUUUUUUCUUUUCUUUAUAUUUUCUAUUCCUUUUCAUCUUACUUCUUUCUGUGUACAGUAAUGCCCAUUUACCUGGUUGUGACAUGCAUAGGAAAUUCAGCAAUUUGGAAAAAAAAAAAAACUUGAAAAUAAAGUAGAAAUUGCUUGUAAAUAACCAAUUUUGCUGUCAUAAGAAUUAACGAAUUUACUUUUAUACAGAAGUUAUUAUCUGGGUUUCCCAAGGCCAAGAGAGAAAGAGAAGCAAUAAGUUAAUUGAGGGCCGAUAGUAUUGUGAAAUGACCAUUUAAAACAAGAAGACACAAAAAUUAGUUUACAGUUCUCAAUAUAGAGCACAAUCUUUGGCUUCUCUGUAGGGGCAAGCUACCUUUCUUUAAUCUAGAAACUUGUGUGCAUUCUGUUUAAAAGAUUAAUUGUAUGCCAUUUACUCUAAGAACAUAAGAGGAGUGCUAUUUUAUAGAAAUAUGCAGAAUAUUUUGACUCUUAAAACAUUGUUUUAAUUUUGUGAACAAUGCACUUUAACUCAUUUGCAUUUGUCCUUCACUGCCAUGUAAAUGCAGUAUUACUGUAUUUUACUACCUUUUUGAUGGUCCAUUUCAGCUCUCCUUUUCAUUUGCUCAUUUUUAGUAACUUUCAUUGUACUGUUUUCUCUAUACUUAUCCCUUUGGUUAUCUCCAUCUGCUAAUCUUAUAUAUGUUUAAAUAUAUUUUCAUUAUGGCUUUCUUCCUAUUCCUUUUGAAUUGAGUGUCUCCUGCCUCCCCCAUUGCCUUUCUGUGUCUCUUUUCCACUAUCUACCUGCGUUCAUCAUAACCUUUAAAACUACUUGAUGAAUGUGAUUUUGUUUUCACCUAUGUUCUUUUUAUAUUAAUAUCAUCAUGUAGCCUAUUUAAAUUCGAAAUUAUUUUUCAAAAUCAGAUAUCAACAAAACAAAGUAAACAACAUAUGUUUAUACAGAAUUUUCAAAGGAUAAAACUUUUCAGUUCUCUCAAUUUACUUUAGCGUAUUACUGUAAUUCCCAUGUGUCUACACUAAUUAAUGGUUAUAUCUUCCAAGGCUCACUUGUAUAAAAUGUGAGACAUAGCAGUCACCUACCCUUCAACAAAGCACAGAGGGCUUGCUGAGAACUUAAUUCCAGGCUGGACAACAAUUAUCCAUCUUUUCAAGGACAUUUUGUUCUCAUCUUUGCCCUCUUCUUAUUUUUAAUGGUAUAUGUACGAAGAAUAGAUUAAAAGAUAAUCAUUUUUAUUCACUUUGCAGGACAAGUCUUGGGGACUAGAUAAAAUGGGCAGGAACAUUUAAUCCUCUGCUUCAAAGACUAUGUGCAUGGACAGUUACAAGGCAGUUAUGGCCAGAUAUGAUUAUCGGCUUUGGAAUAAAAUGCUCCUUGACAUUGCUUAAAUCUUAGCUGAGAAGAGAGACAAUCAGCCAUGAAGCUCAUGACUGCUCUGGUGAAUGUUGCCUUAAACCUCAGUAUUCAUCAGGAUAAUACCCAGAGACAAUAUGAAGCCGAGAGAAAUAAAAUGAUUGGGAAGAGAGCCAAUGAAAGGUUGGAGUUACUACUUCAGAAACGCAAAGAGCUGCAAGAAAAUCAGGAUGAAAUCGAAAAUAUGAUGAACUCUAUUUUUAAGGGUAUAUUUGUUCAUAGAUACCGUGAUGCUAUUGCUGAGAUUAGAGCCAUUUGUAUUGAAGAAAUUGGAGUAUGGAUGAAAAUGUAUAGUGAUGCCUUCCUAAAUGACAGUUACCUAAAAUAUGUUGGCUGGACUCUUCAUGACAGGCAAGGGGAAGUCAGGCUGAAGUGUUUGAAAGCUCUGCAGAGUCUAUAUACCAAUAGAGAAUUAUUCCCCAAAUUGGAACUAUUCACUAACCGAUUCAAGGAUCGCAUUGUAUCAAUGACACUUGAUAAAGAAUAUGAUGUUGCUGUGGAAGCUAUUCGAUUGGUUACUCUGAUACUUCAUGGAAGUGAAGAAGCCCUUUCCAAUGAAGACUGUGAAAAUGUUUACCACUUGGUGUACUCGGCACAUCGCCCUGUUGCUGUGGCAGCUGGAGAGUUCCUUCACAAAAAGCUAUUUAGCAGACAUGACCCACAAGCAGAAGAAGCAUUAGCAAAGAGGAGGGGAAGAAACAGCCCGAAUGGAAACCUCAUUAGGAUGCUGGUUCUUUUCUUUCUUGAAAGUGAGUUACAUGAACAUGCAGCCUACUUGGUGGACAGUUUAUGGGAGAGCUCUCAAGAACUGUUGAAAGACUGGGAAUGUAUGACAGAGUUGCUAUUAGAAGAACCUGUUCAAGGAGAGGAAGCAAUGUCUGAUCGUCAAGAGAGUGCUCUUAUAGAGCUAAUGGUUUGUACAAUUCGUCAAGCUGCUGAGGCACAUCCUCCAGUGGGAAGGGGUACCGGCAAGAGAGUGCUAACUGCCAAAGAAAGGAAAACUCAAAUUGAUGAUAGAAACAAAUUGACUGAACAUUUUAUUAUUACACUUCCUAUGUUACUGUCAAAGUAUUCUGCAGAUGCAGAGAAGGUAGCAAACUUGCUACAAAUCCCACAGUAUUUUGAUUUAGAAAUCUACAGCACAGGUAGAAUGGAAAAGCAUCUGGAUGCUUUAUUAAAACAGAUUAAGUUUGUUGUGGAGAAACAUGUAGAAUCAGAUGUUCUAGAAGCCUGCAGUAAAACCUAUAGCAUCUUAUGCAGUGAAGAAUAUACCAUCCAGAACAGAGUUGACAUAGCUCGAAGCCAGCUGAUUGAUGAGUUUGUAGAUCGAUUCAAUCAUUCUGUGGAAGACCUAUUGCAAGAGGGAGAAGAAGCUGAUGAUGAUGAUAUUUACAAUGUUCUUUCUACAUUAAAGCGGUUAACUUCUUUUCACAAUGCACAUGAUCUCACAAAAUGGGAUCUCUUUGGUAAUUGCUACAGAUUAUUGAAGACUGGAAUUGAACAUGGAGCCAUGCCGGAACAGAUAGUCGUGCAAGCACUGCAGUGUUCCCAUUAUUCGAUUCUUUGGCAGUUGGUGAAAAUUACUGAUGGUUCUCCUUCCAAAGAGGAUUUGUUGGUAUUGAGGAAAACGGUGAAAUCCUUUUUGGCUGUUUGCCAGCAGUGCCUGUCUAAUGUUAAUACUCCAGUGAAAGAACAGGCUUUCAUGUUACUCUGUGAUCUUCUGAUGAUUUUCAGCCACCAAUUAAUGACAGGUGGCAGAGAGGGCCUUCAGCCUUUGGUGUUUAAUCCAGAUACUGGACUCCAGUCUGAACUCCUCAGUUUUGUGAUGGAUCACGUUUUUAUUGACCAAGACGAGGAGAACCAGAGCAUGGAGGGUGAUGAAGAAGAUGAAGCUAAUAAAAUUGAGGCCUUACAUAAAAGAAGGAAUCUACUUGCUGCUUUCAGCAAACUUAUCAUUUAUGACAUUGUUGACAUGCAUGCAGCUGCAGACAUCUUCAAACACUACAUGAAGUAUUACAAUGACUAUGGUGAUAUUAUUAAGGAAACACUGAGUAAAACCAGGCAGAUUGAUAAAAUUCAGUGUGCCAAGACUCUCAUUCUCAGUUUGCAACAGUUAUUUAAUGAACUUGUUCAAGAGCAAGGUCCCAACCUAGAUAGGACAUCUGCCCAUGUCAGUGGCAUUAAAGAACUGGCACGUCGCUUUGCCCUUACAUUUGGAUUGGACCAGAUUAAGACACGAGAAGCAGUUGCCACACUUCACAAGGAUGGCAUAGAGUUUGCAUUUAAAUACCAAAAUCAGAAAGGACAAGAGUAUCCACCUCCUAAUCUGGCUUUUCUUGAAGUACUAAGUGAAUUUUCUUCUAAACUUCUUCGACAGGACAAAAAGACAGUUCAUUCAUACCUAGAGAAAUUCCUUACCGAGCAGAUGAUGGAAAGGAGGGAAGAUGUAUGGCUUCCACUCAUCUCCUAUAGAAAUUCAUUAGUCACUGGAGGUGAAGAUGAUAGAAUGUCUGUGAACAGUGGAAGUAGCAGCAGCAAAACCUCAUCAGUAAGGAAUAAGAAAGGACGACCUCCACUUCAUAAAAAACGAGUAGAAGAUGAGAGUCUGGAUAACACAUGGCUAAACAGGACUGACACCAUGAUUCAGACUCCUGGCCCCCUGGCAGCACCACAACUCACAUCCACUGUACUGCGGGAGAACAGCCGUCCCAUGGGAGACCAGAUUCAAGAACCUGAGUCUGAACAUGGUUCUGAACCAGACUUUUUACACAAUCCUCAGAUGCAGAUCUCUUGGUUAGGCCAGCCGAAGUUAGAAGACUUAAAUCGGAAGGACAGAACAGGAAUGAACUACAUGAAAGUGAGAACUGGAGUGAGGCAUGCUGUUCGGGGUCUAAUGGAGGAAGAUGCUGAGCCCAUCUUUGAAGAUGUGAUGAUGUCAUCCCGAAGCCAGUUAGAAGAUAUGAAUGAAGAAUUUGAGGACACCAUGGUUAUUGAUCUGCCUCCAUCAAGAAAUCGGCGAGAGCGAGCUGAGCUAAGGCCAGACUUCUUUGACUCUGCAGCUAUCAUAGAAGAUGAUUCAGUAAAUGUCAAAUUAUUACUGCUUUUUAUUUAUGGUUCCUGGGUCCUGUUUAUGCAUGAAAUUAAUAAUUAUGUUUCUCAUCAUUUUUCUAGGGAUUUGGAAUGCCUAUGUUCUGAAGUCUGAAGAAAAUUUACAAAUCUGGAACUCUAUUAUUUAGAGCUAGAGGCCUAUAUACUGUGAUAGCUUGUAUGGGGAAAAACACUUUUGACGUGAUCUGAUUUGUUUUUUAAUCAAAUGAUUAAGGUCAAUCCCUUUUUGCAAUGACGGAAGAGGAGCAUGUAAAUUACCCAAGGGAAUGUUGGUGAAUGUCAACUCAGAAAGACUGACCUGAAAAUCAUUUGUGUCCUGCUAUUGGACUUAUCCCAAUACAGAUGUGUGUGUUUUUCUGGAGGGAGGAAGAAAUUUUAAAUUUUUAAAACAGCUGUCAAGAUAAACACUGUUAUACACCUGUUUUAUGAAAACUCAACAUUGAGUAAAAAAAAAAAAAUAUUUUUAACUUUAUUUUCCUGUUGUACAAUUUAAAAACCGUUUUAACAUUUUGCCUUUUUAUGUUUUAAAAGCUAACCAUUUUUAUUAAACCUAUGAGUAAGCAGCUCAUCCUAAUUGCCGAAGAGUGUUUUGGAGUUCACUGGAUUUGGUUGACCUUUGUGGAACACAAAUAAUGAAGGAGCAGAACAUUGACAAGCUAAGAUGAAUUUCUGACAUAGUGCAUCUCUGCCAAAAACCACACACCCUCUGUGGAUAUGGAUAUGAAUUCCCAGAUUUUAUAUACUCUUGAAUAAAAAGGUUUAUUUUUAUUUAUAAGUGGGCAUAAAAUAAGAAAUGUCCAUGCAGCCAUUUUUCCAACAGAUGCUGUACACCGUUCAUUUUAUAUAGACUAGGGAGAUUCAAAUACAGUGCAUUUUCUAUUGGUAUUUGUUCUGUGCAUUUUUAGCAACUUCUACCAGCAAAUAAAGUAUUCUCAGUAAAACGAAAAUGAUUCUCAAGUUAUCAGUUUGCUGUUUUUACCACUUAUUUCAUGCCCUGCCAAAUUCAAGUUACACAGACUUCCAUUUUCUUAAGAUAAUCAUGAAGAAAUCCUUUAUCAUUCAGAAGUAAUUUUAAGUGUAACAUAACUGUGUCUACUUCCCAUGCACUUAAUACCCUUAUGCGCUAAUUUUGUGAAUUAAGUUUACUGAUGAUUAUAGAAGUAUGUGCUGCAUAGAAGUCUGUGCUUAGAGGGUGAAGUUCCUAAGCUUACCUUGAAUUACAGCUACAUUUCAGUGUUAAAUGUGCAUAUUAAGAAUAAUUCUUUUGGGGAAAGAAAUUAUGAAUCUUCAGGACAGUCUACAAUGGUUUAGAGUUACAUUCUGCCUAGACUUUUAUGACUUGCUGCUAUUGUUUUAAAAACCCCACUUAGUUUCUUCCUUUCUGAUUUCUAAAGUAAAGUAAGCCUCAGAAUUUCCAAACCAAUCCAUCCACAGCUGUUUCUGGGCUGGUUUUUAAAGUAGCUGCAACAGAAUCAUGAGGCUUUCCCUUUUUAUCAAAUACAAAAAACAUUUUUAAAAAUUCUGCACACCCAGUGAUCAUCUUUUGUGCAGGAAAGCAAGAUGGAUGAUUUUAUUCAUCCUUUUAGUAAAGACACAAAACAGAUUUUUCUCAACAUUUGUACAGUUGUGAAAAAAACCUGGUCACCAAAAAUAUUUUCUCUGCUAAUUCAGCAAUUCUUGGGCUCCAGUUAGUUAGGGGAGCUGGGGCCUCACUUUCUCCCAGAAUUGUGGGCUUCACUGGAAGUGAAGGUGCAGGAAUAACUGGACUGUCCACCCCAGCCCUGCCUACCUGUGGUUUUGGCCCGGGAGCAAGCCAUGAGGUGCCCUGCCACAUGCACAAAUUGAUCCUUUGCGUGACAGUCUUGUAUGGAAAACAGAUGCUGACAGAAUUGUAGACUACCAUGCCACACAAAAAGGCUAAAUAUCUACUCCAAUGGAUUUCCAGUUCAGUUUGAAGUCAAUCAAAUUUUUGUAUUUUCGGUGUCUCCUUGAUUGGUUUUGCUAGUAAUUAAUUCUGUAAAUUGUACAUUUGCAAUAUGAGGUUUUUUUUCCUUUUGUACAAUUUGAAACUGAUGCUUCACCUUUCCUUUAAUAAACUAUUCAAAAUCA